AUGACUGGAAGAUACUGGAAGAACCAGACUGCAGUGAAUGGGUUCAUUUUGUUGGGAUAUCAAGAACACCCCAUUCUCCUCUUUAUUUUCUUCCUAGCAACAUACAUGGGAAUUUUAUUGGGCAAUGGCUUGAUUGUAAUGGUCACAACAUGGGAUUCUGCUCUGAGCUCCCCAAUGUAUUUCUUCUUGCGCAGUCUCUCAGGACUGGAGAUAUGUUACACCUCAGUCACCCUGCCGAAAAUGAUGGCCAACCUGCUCUCAGGAAAUCACUCCAUCUCUCUGCCAGCCUGUGCCUCACAGAUGUUCUUCCUGCUCUUCCUGGGUGCCACAGAAUGCUUCUUGCUGGCAUCCAUGGCCUAUGACCGCUAUCUUGCCAUCUGCCUGCCACUCCGCUACAUGAUAAUCAUGAGCCAUAGACUGAGGAUGGGGCUGGUGACCGGCUCCUUCUCCAUCAGCCUCCCCAUGCAGUUGUUGCAAAUUGGGCUCAUCUUCUCCUUGCCUUUUUGCAGGUCCAAUGAGAUUGACCACUUCUUCUGUGACAUCCCGCCAGUACUCAGCCUGGCAUGUGCUGACCUCUAUGCUAACGAAGUAGCUGUGUAUACAGAAAACUUCCUCUUUGUCAUCAUCCCCUUUUUUCUCAUCUUGGCCUCCUAUGUGUGCAUCUCCAAGACCAUACUGCGCAUGCCAUCCACCAUGGGGCGCCAGAAGGCCUUUUCCACUUGCUCCUCCCACCUCACUGUGGUCAUCCUCUUCUAUGGCUCUGCAAUGCUUGUGUACCUGCAACCCAAGACACCUGACUCUGUGAAGGUGGACAAAGUGCUGUCCCUACUCUACACAAUCAUCAUUCCUCUCUGCAACCCUCUCAUUUACACCCUGAGGAACAAGGAGGUGAAGGCUGCCCUUAAGAGGCUCUUUCAAAGCAAAAGACCAUUUGAAAUAGGCGCAAGUAGGGCAGAUUGA